UGUAGUGGUUUUGUAUAUCUUUGUAGUAGUUUUGUGUCUCUUUGUAGCCGUUUCUCAUCGCUCUGGAGUUUGAUGUUUCCUUGUAGACAUCUUUAGUCUUUUCGUAGUAGUUUUAGUGGGUUUUCUACCUCAAUUUCUUUUCGUGGUAGUAAAAGAUGUUCAGACGUAGUUUCCACAUCACGUUACAGAGACUUUGUGACUUUACAUCAGAGACACACCAGGAGGAACCAUUUCUUCUUCAUGUGGUUUUUAUUGGUUCAUAAUUACUCAACUGGUGUUGUGGUGGUGUCACUGGUGAGGUUGUGAGGUGUCACAGGGUGUGGACGCCAACACAAUAAUGUUUCCUCACUGGUACUUUAAAAGGCUGUGUUGCCACGACGACCCAUCGCCCAUUAGAAGCCAUGUUAUCUAUCGGAUGGUUCUACAUGUUCAUCAUAGGGUUCUUUGGGAUAUUAAAGGGUUCAUUAUUCAUGUUUCAGUUAUUAAAUGGUGGGCGAUGGUAUACAUUUGCAAAUGGAAGUUUAAAAAAAAGUUCUUUAGACAACAUUUCUUUCUUUAUGUACUUCAAAGAACAUUACGUCGUAAACCGUGUUAUUGAUCCAUUAUUAUUGAUCCACAUUCAGUCUCAAAGCAGCUGUGAAACUCUCCAUGACACCAGCUGCUCGGCUUCCUUGGAAUCCCAGUUGUGUAUUUAAAAGUGUUUCCUCAUCCGAGAAGCAGCAGAUAUUUCUUCACCCUAAAACAAAGUGGUCCCGGCCUGUCGAAGAGCUCCUCGGCCAAUCAGGACGCUCCCUCCUCCCUGCACACUUGCAGACAAAACCCAGUGUCCCCCUCAGGAGGUUUUCCAUACGGCUCUCUGCAGGCACAACAACACGAGAACCAUGAAGGCUUUGGUCUUGGCGAGCAUCCUGGCAGCUCUGGCCGCCUCUGAAGCCGUACGGACAUGUUGGAUUCAUCUCAAAAAUGUUGCAUUUCACUUGAUGAGAUUCGUCAGAUUCAUUCUUAUACUUUUUCAGGGCUUAUCGAGAGCAAGAAGAGAGCGGGAGUUUUCUGGGUCUUCGUCCUCGUCGUCCUCGUCGUCCUCUUCAUCCUCCUCGUCCUCCUCGUCCUCGUCGUCCUCCUCGUCCUCCUCGUCCUCCUUUGAAAGUUCAGCGAUCUGUCUGAACGGAGGCAGCUCCCUCCCGGCUCUGGCGACCGGCGAGCACAUGUUCUGCUUGUGCUCCGACGGCUUCGAGGGCGUCCGCUGUGAAACGGCGAAGAGCACGCACUGCUACGAGGGCGUGGGACUCUACUACAGAGGCUCGGAGGCCGAGUCGCAGAGCGGGCGGCCGUGUGAGGAGUGGGAUUCCAACACCAGGGAGAACUUCCUGUCUUCGGACGUCCAUUCGGGGAGGCACAACUACUGCAGAAAUCUUUUCUACAAGCGGCGCCCGUGGUGCCACGUGUGGGUGAACCAGCAGCUGCUUUGGGAGUAUUGUCGUAUUCCACGUUGUGCUUUUGAGUCGGUUCCAGCCUCACCUUCACCUUCACCUUCACCUCCUCCUCCGGCUGCAGAGUCGACAUGCGGCCGGCGCUCCAGGAGGAGGCAGAUGAAGAUCGUGGGAGGAACAGUUGCCACCGUGGAAUCGCACCCGUGGGUGGCCGCCAUAUUCUGGCGCAGCAAGUCCAAGGAGAAGGUUUUCCGCUGCGGCGGCAGCCUGAUCUCGGCCUGCUGGGUGCUCACAGCUGCCCACUGCUUCCCCGACGGCUCCAACAGCAAACGGCGCCGCUUCUACGUCAUCCUGGGAAAGAACGUCAUGAAUGAGACGGACCCGACUGUGGAGCAAACGUUCAGGGUGGAACAGAUCAUCCUCCAUGACGGGUUUGACAACAGCGAGGGGAACUACGACAACGACAUCGCGCUGCUGAAGCUGAGGGCCCGAGGAGGCCGAUGUUCGGAGGAGAGCGACUCGGUGAGGACCGUCUGUCUGCCGCCGCCGCUGCAGAGCCUCCAGGACGGAGUCGGCUGCGAGAUCGCCGGAUACGGGAAAGAGAGACAAGGUCUGUGGUACAAGUCCCGGUUGCUCAUGGAGGCCCGGGUGAACCUCCUCGCCGACGCCGUGUGUCGACAGACGGACUUCUACGGAAACUUGAUCAGCGAGAACAUGUUUUGCGCCGGUGUUCCCGACUGGAGCCGGGACGCCUGCGAGGGAGACUCUGGAGGCCCUCUGGUGUGCGAGGUCGGCAGCAGGCUCUUCCUGUUUGGAGUCAUCAGUUGGGGCGACGGCUGCGCGAAGGAGAACCGGCCCGGCGUUUACACCCGAGUGACCAACUACAACGGGUGGAUCGAGGAGAAGACGGGGCUGUCGGCCAUCGCUGCCGGCGCCAUGUUUCCUCACAAGUGAAGGACGUUGGACUCUCUCUCGUGUGCUUGGAGGAAUGCGUGGAUUUUAUAUUUUUCUGAAACGUCUCAAGAAAACGACCAAAAACAACAAAGUAACGUGUGUGAGAUCUGAAGCCGACGUACGGUCGUCGCCAUCUUGGCUUUUAUGCAACCGGUGAACAGGAAGUCACCACAUUUGGACUG